UGUGUGUGUUGUAUAUGUAUGCGAGUGAGAGCAUGUACGUGUAUGUGUGCGCGUGUGGAGGCGUGCGUAUGUUUGUGAGGUAGUGCGGGGUGUGGCCGCCAGGUGGCAGCAGAGGCCGCGAGAGGUACCUGUGGUGGGACGCGGCUCACUGGAGAGUCGCACCUCGUGGGAGGAUGAGUGACGCGGCCUGUGAGGGCCCUAUACGUCAGUGCCGUGUUCCGUAUGCGCGUCGCGCGGUGAGUGAGGGCCGUGAACUGUGGUGAUGGGUACGGGCGUGCGUCGGUGGGCGUGAUGCUGGUGCCAGCAAACCAGUUUAUCGGUAGAGGUAAUGUGGUACGGCCCGUUUUCCCCGGCGAGCCCUCCACCUCCACCUCAAAGGAGGACCUCAAGGGCAAACCCAAAACAGGUAAACAGACUCUAAAGGACCAACAGGAGCAGUUGGAAGAGCUUGUGAACCGAGCUCAACUAAACGCUGGCAAAGAGGCCCUCAGACAGCUCCUCAAAGACCGAAAAACCAAAAAGAAAAAGAAAACAUCAUGUGUAACUAUUUUAAAACUGUAUCUGACCAUCAUCUCCGCCCUUAUGAUCAUAGGGGGGAUCUUCACCCUACUGUUCCUCGUGCCCAUGACCAUAGACCCGGCGCUGGCCACCCUCACUUACGAGUUCCAGCCCACGCCCGUCCUCUGCAUGACCACCUUCGCCCAGGUGGUGGUUGGCAUCAAAAAUAUAUCCUGGUGCUCGUGCACCGAGGGCUGUACUAAAGACAUAUACAACUGUUCGCAGAUCACAGUGGUAUACAGAAACUGUUCCGUGAGCAAUGACACCGAGGCGGACAUCGAAGGGGAGUGUGACGUCGGCGUCAACACCACUCUUCUAGACGCUGACGCACCGAACACCACAUAUAUUGACCCUGCUUACUGGGACGUCCUAAACGCCUCCUUAUACAUAAACGUCAAAGGCUGUGGCUACCCGCCGGCGGUCAACUGUUCCAUAUUUUACAAGUACUUCGGCAAGCCCGGACGGAGAUUCUGGUGCUAUUACAGCAGAUUAGAUCCGUUCUUAGUGAUGCCGGAGUACGACCGCCACGCCGCCGAACUCGAGCUGGUGAAUUCUUUAGGCUGGACCAUCGGGGCCCAGAUAGGAGGCGUCCUGAUCAUCAUGAUCCUCCACUGCCCUUACAUCGCCUUCAUCAAGAAGAUGUGUCGAGAGAGACCCACCUUACUGCCCAAGAGCGGGGCGAGCCUAGGAGACCAGAACGCCAGCUCCACUACCAACCUCAUCAGCGGCUGGAAGGAUAAGGACAAGCGCCGUCAGCCAGUGUUCCAGAGGGACUGGUAUGACGUCCAUACCUGAGUCCCACUCUCGCGAGCCCUAACUUCUGGAACUACACACUUAUAAUCACCCAUUAGAAGAGCAGCCUGUCAAUAGAAUGUCUCGCGAAAUAUACGUCUGGUAUCGCCCAUUCAAAGAUCAAAUUCUGUCAUUGGAACCGCUUAUCAAUGGCGUCAUCCACUGCAAGACCAUUGAUAGGCAACCUCCCACUGGCUAGAAAAGGUCCACCAGGACCUACGCCAAGGAUACCCUGGAGUACCCAGUGGGAACACACCGAAAACGCUCAUUCAAAAUGCUACUUAAACUACCAAAUAAGGAGCCCGGAACAAACACUCCACUACAUUAAUCACUCGCGGAGGCCACUGAUCUGAUGUUCCAUCAGCCGUGUCGCUCAGUCAGGGGGUAUCC